UCCACUCUCUCUAAGCCCGCCAAGUUAGGAAUCAGAUAGUCCUUUUCUUUUCUUCUCUCUCUCUCUGUACUUCUUAUAUCAUCUUUGUGUGAUCAAUGCCACAAUGUCGCUGAAACACUCUCACACCUUUGCCUUCACUUGCCAGCCACUGCCAAAGGGUGCAAAGUCACACUCAUAAUAAGAGGGGUGAGUGAAGAUAUGGGUGUUGGUGGUGUUGUUAGUUUUAGAAGGUUGCUUGUUGGAGCCUUGGUAUCUUUAGGAGUCAUAUGGUUUAUGUUUCUUGCAAUCUCAGUGAACCGUCAAACCAAAAGGACAGUGCUAGUUCCAAUGAAUGCUAUCUCCAAGCAUUUGAAGUUGGUUGGCAUGCAGAGACAUGGCCUGCAUCUGCAUUCAAAUUCUGGACUCAUCAUUGUGAGCAAGAGAAGAGUGCCUAAUGGUCCUGAUCCUAUACACAACAGGAGAGCAGUGAAAACUAAACGGCCACCUACACAAGCUUGAGCAUUGUGAAGUUCCACAGCUAGCUGGAGGAAAAAUCAUAGAAGAAUUUUUGCUAUUCUCUUGUGGAAGAAUUCAGGGUGUGUUUUAUAAGACAAUGUUGUUACAUAGUAUUGCAAGUGUUUUGAAAGUGUGAUCCUUAAUGUUCUUUUUGUUUUUUCCCCCUUUGAAAUGUACCUUUGAUGGUGAUGUAAAUCAAGGCCUUAGGAAAUGAAGUAACCAAAUUUUGGAUGCAAUUUAAUCAUGUCCUUAAAUUCUUG